GCAGCAGCAGCAGCAGCAGCAGCAGGUGGAGCGAGCUUCGCGGCGAGCACUGAGAGCCACUCCCAGCCCCGGCCGGGAGCAGGCCCGCUGAGCUGGAGCCCGUGCCCGGCCCAGUCCAACCCCUAGUUUUCGGGGAACUUGGAUUACUCAGGCCGGCGGGCCGGGGCCGCAGCUGGGGCCGGGCGCGCCUGGGAGCGCAAGGCAGCUACGGAAGCCGCGUCCGGGGCGCAGGACCAAGGGGACCUGGCUCUUCUCGUCUACCUAAAGACCUCUUCUCCCGGGAAAGAGCCGCUGCAGGCUCUGGGAUUUGGGAGGAGCUCGGAGUCUGCCCGGGCAUCUCGCUGGACUUUCUCGGUUUGCUCUCGGGAGUCGCAGGAGGGUCCCGAGCGGCGCUCUCGCCUCUCCUCUGCGGCUUAGGCGCGGAAAGCAGAGGCUUAUCCCGGGGGCACGGGAACUUCUCACGCGGUCCUCCGUGGAGCCUUCGGACCCCUCGUCGUGUUGUCUCGAGAAACUCGCUGGUUGGCACUAAUCUGCAGGAGUUCUCUACUGAUUUGGUUUCUUCUUCGAUCUGGGGACAGUUCCCGCCAACGACACUCGACGCCCCUUUCCCCGUCUUCGCCGACAAGCUGGCGUCCCAGGUCGCCGGAACCUUUGGGAAUCCUGACCCUAUUCGCUGACCCUCAAGGCUCUCUCGGCUGGCGUGUCUUUUCUGAGCCACUGGCCUCGAGGGAACAGUGCAGACGUGGCUCCUUUUUGCCCCCCCCCAUCUGAGAGAGUGCUGUCCGCAAGGGGGACGUUGGCCUCCCAGGGGCUGCUUUGUGAGUGGUGAGACUGGGUGCUGGCGACCCCCGGCUCGCCGGCCGGCCAUGGCCUUCACUUUCGCUGCUUUCUGCUACAUGCUCUCCCUGGUGCUCUGCGCUGCGCUCAUCUUCUUCGCCAUCUGGCACAUAAUUGCCUUUGAUGAGUUAAGGACAGAUUUUAAGAGCCCCAUCGACCAGUGCAACCCUGUUCAUGCGAGGGAACGACUGAGGAACAUCGAGCGCAUCUGCUUCCUUUUGCGGAAGCUGGUGCUGCCGGAAUAUUCCAUCCACAGCCUCUUCUGCAUCAUGUUCCUGUGUGCUCAGGAGUGGCUCACCCUGGGGCUGAAUGUCCCUCUACUUUUCUAUCACUUCUGGAGGUAUUUCCACUGUCCAGCAGAUAGUUCUGAGCUGGCCUACGACCCACCGGUCGUCAUGAACGCAGACACCCUGAGCUACUGUCAGAAGGAGGCCUGGUGUAAGCUGGCCUUCUAUCUCCUCUCCUUCUUCUACUACCUUUACUGCAUGAUCUACACCUUAGUGAGCUCUUAACUCAAAGACCACGCACAUCACCAGAGACUGGGAUGGGAGAGGCCUGAGGCUGAGAAGUCCACUUGUGCUGGUGAUUGGAGAAGGGACCAGUGUGGAGAUGUGUGAGAAAGAGACGGGCAGACACUCUGAAUCGGGAGCCAGAAGCAGGCGGCAGCCAGCGCCCGAGUAAGCCCGCUGCGCGCACGUGUCUUUGCCCUGUGUAUCGGUCUUUGGCAUUCACACCAUUCAUACCGUUCACACCUCCCACUCGGGCUGUCCAUCCCUCCUGAGCAGCGGGUGCUCGAGGGGUGACGAAACGCUAAAGCUCUCCUGAGCGAGAAUCGCUGCUUGCUGAAUCCACUUUAUCCAACGGCUCCGUGCAAGUUCACACUGAGUUCCUGGACGGUGGGGGUGGACACUGGAAGGCUGGAAGGUGCCAGCUAAGGAACGGCCUGACCCAGAGUUGAGGAUGAGUCUAUGGGACCGUUUGAAGGCCUCAAGGAUGUCAUGGGCUACCCGGGACUCUUCUGUUUCUUCCAGUCCUGGCCAUGCCCUUCACUUCGAUGGGAGGGGCUUGGAAGGUGUGCAGAUUUGCCUCCGGCUGUAACCAGCCCUGAGCCUGCAGGGGUGCUUAUUUCAUGCUCUGCUUUAUGAGAGCCCAGCUUAGUGACUUCCGUGACAUCAUGUGCUGAGUUUGGGGCAGUAGGUUGGUAAGGAGUUAUGGCCAAAGUCAUGGGUUGGGGAGGGGGGAAGGGGGGAGGAGGGGAGUCAUAGGAAAAGAUGAUUUUUUAAAACAUUUAUGACAUAUUCAAAGUGUUACUCCUUCACCUCCACAAACUGUAUUCUUCCGUUGUCAUCCCAAAACAUCAUGGGGCCGUUGAAUGCAAACCAACUGGUCAAAACACUAGUCAAAGCCGCCUACUUUUAAGGAUUCCAAGAAAAAGCCAGAAAAACCUGCAGUGGCAGCUCUGUACUGUGGGCAUCCGGCAGCCAAGAAGCGAGACAACGUAAUUAUAGCUUCAUUUGUGAUGUCGCGUCAUUCGUGCUGUUUGGUUCAACACGAGGACAUUAACUCACUUAGAAUUUUCCGUUCGACAUUCUCUCCUUUUUGGGUAGGAGUUGUGCUCGGGGGUUGUAAAUAAUGACAAGGCUGAGAAUUUUUUAUUACGUUUAAAUUGGACACAGUGAUUUUGACCUUAUUCCCCAAACUUUCCUUCUUUUCUUCAGUUUGACACACACGGGCUAUUUAUACGUGUACCAGCUUCUAUCUGAAGUCUGUGACUCAGGUUUAUGAAUGGUUGUUUGUGUAACAUGUGUGCUAUGUUUAAAAUGCUGCGACCACUCGAGUGUCUCACCUACCUGGCUGUCUCAUUUAAACCCAUUACGGGCUGGCUUCAGCUACAUAUGGUUGGUAAACUAGUAGGUAGAAAAAGUUUUAAAAAGGCAUUUUGCUUCUAAAAAUUCUACAGAAAACAAAAAGGCAGACUUCUGCUCUGAGGCUGAAGGUUUAGAGCUGGAGGAUUUGAGGCAGUAUUUCUGGGAGCAGGCUUCCCCUUGGCCAAUACCCAUCAUCCUGGCUGAGUAACUGUCGUUGGGAUGGAGAGUUUCCUUUACGGCUGGCUAGCCUCGUCUCUGACUCCAUUCCCGAGAUGACCAGCUGCCUUCAUCCAGAGAAACAAGCCCUGGGUUCCAGGCUGCAGACAGUAGAUCUGACCCCACCGCCAUCUUGCAAAUGCAACUGGAGGCGGGGGGUCAAUGGCCCAUGUUACUUCUCACCAUGUAACUGUUUUGUUUUUAUACUUUACCUCCUUCCAAAAAGAUUUGCAAUAAUGGCAGAUACAAGUACACCAAGACUGUUAGAAUGGAAAUAGGAAAUUCAGACUUAGAAAGGAGGAGGACGCAGAGAUACUGACUUCCUGAGGUAUUUUAUCUACUGUGAUUGAGCCUUAAAUUUAGUAUCAUUUCUCUUAGCAACAAAUAAUAGCAUUUCACAUUUACACAGUGCUUUGCAUUUUACCGAUUGCUUUCACAUCUCAUUUGACUUUCUUCAGAAUCCUAUGAAGUAGAUACUAGUCUUUCUUCCCAUUUUCUAAGUGAGGAAGCUGAGGCUCAGAGAGGGUAAGCGAGUCACUAUAGUCACACAGCAGUCACAGACCUGCCUUUGAACCCAGGUUGUCUGACCUUAAAAACUCUAUGUCCUUUCCAUCACACCUGAGAGCUGGCAUGGUAGUUGAGGGUCCUGUUAAGGUUUGAUUAGCAUUCACUUUUUGAGAAAAGGAGAAGUUUCUUUAAAGUAGAGCUAUAGAGAAAGUACCUGGUUUUCUUUUCCUUUGUGUGCCAGCCUGACUUGCUUUACUGUGGGAGGUUCUUCUUUAAGGUGAUCUCCUAAAAGCUUUAAAAGCUUCGAGUGUCUCUUGGGCAGUUAUGAAAGAGAGACAUCCAAAUACUUCUCCCGCAUGAGCUGUGACUGAGAAGGAAUUCCAGCGGUUAUUGAGAGUUGGAGCCGAUUUUCACUUCCUGGGGGAAGCUAGUCACGAUGGUAAGAGUAAGAGUAGUGGCACGGUUGGCAGAGCCAUGCUGUGCACCAGGAGUUACGCCAGGACGUCUCUGGACCUCUCCCAGCUCUCACAACGCCCCUACGAGACAGGUUGCGUGUUCUAGUCUGCCCACUUUACAGGUCAGGAAACCAGGGAGGCUCAGGGCAGGUGAGUCUUCCCCAGAUGAAUCAGCCAGACGAGAGCUUGAUGCUGUAAAUAGGUGGCCAGAUAGUAACAGUAGCUAUAAACUGAGGUGUCGAGCAUGGUUCUGUAUAUUUCAGGUGCUUUUUGUCUGCUCCUCAUAAGAAUACGUGAAGUUGGUAUUUUCUCUGUUUUAUAGAUGAAGAAGUUCCCAGCAGAUGAGUUACUUGCAGGGACCCAUGGCCAGUGCGAGGUGUGCAGUAACUACAUCUGGAAUCUAAACCCAGGCCUGCCUCUUCUCAUGUAAUUUUUCCUUCUUGAAUCUCUUUGUCGCUCAUUGUUUAUCCUAUAGAAAUAAUCAAAGGGAGGAAGGAGAGUGGAGGAGAAAGCACGCUGGAGAAAUCACAAAGCAAUUGUUACCCUUGGGUGAUGGAGAGCCCUUCCUACCUAGCCUGUGCCCGGCAUCAUGGAGGGAGCUUCUCGGAGAGCACAGACAUCACAUGAGGAUGGUGCUGGCGACCUGGUUCCCAUUCCCUUAGAGAGGCAGCGCUGUGGGCCUGGCAUGGCUGUGCCCCAAGGGUCAGAGCGGGGCCAGGGGAGGUCCCUUAGACUUACUUUCCACUUCACUAAGUGAGGUGAGGGCUGGCAACUGCUGCACCGACUUGUCAUAAAGAUUAAAUGAGUUAAUGAGUUCAUAUCUGCAGAGAACUUAGAAGAGUGUCCGCACAUGGUAAGCGCUACUGAACUCUUUGUAGGACAUAGUCUUCCUCUCCAUCCGCCAUUCUUACUCUGCCCGGUGCCCACCCAGGGCAAGGUCCCCUGAUGGGAGAGAAGUCACCUGGCCAGUGGGAAGGGAGUGAAGACCUUGGACUCAGCUACCCUCCUGAUGCCUCAUUUUCAUCUGUCGUGUCCUGAGCGGAGGUCAGGCUGGGACCUGACACCUCUUGUCAAUGCCAUGUUCUCUGGCCAAUAAUCAUAACAGCUGCCGUCAAAUACUUGCUGUGUGCCAGGCACUGUGCAAAGCACUUGGCAAGCAUGGCCUCGUUUAAUCCACACAACAGUGUUAUGAGGUAGGAACUAUUCCUGACCCCAGUUUAUAGUUGAAACACUAAAGCUUACAGGGGUUAAAUAAAUGUGCGAACGUCACAAGUACUGGGAAGUCAUGGAGCCUAGGCUUCAGGCAAGGACACCAGGCCCUUGACUGUUUUUUCCUGUUUUUUAGAUUGAAGUGUGAUUGAUUUACAAUGUUGUGUUAGUUUUUGGUUGUACACACACACACACAUACACACACACACCCCCUUGAAUCACUUUGCUGUACACUAAGUUGUUUUCCAUUAUAGGUUAUUACAAGAUAUUGAAUUUAGUUCCCUGUGCUAAACAGGAGGCCCUGUUUGUUUAGCUCUGGCUGUUUUUACAUUCCUGAAAGAGUGACACAGGACAGGGAGGGCAAUGAGACGUGAAGAUGAGUGGAAAAGGGGAUGAAGAAGGGAGCACAGGGGAGGAACUGUCCCAGAAGUGUGGCUCUGCUCACCUGACAGUGUGCAGAGCAAGCAAGUCCUUGUAAAUGACUUUGUAAUCAGAAGGAUUUGAGCCACAGUAUCUUGGGCCAGCUUCCUAACCUUUCUGAGACUCAGCUUUCCCAUCUGGAAAAUGGGGCUAAUAAGACUUCCCUUUGAUUGCGGUUGUGCUAGGUAAAGUAAUUGUGUGCCUAGAGCUCGUACAGAGAGCCUGUCUCGGAACUGGUGCUCAACAAAGCCUGGUCCUCUGCCACACUCCACUCCCUUCCCUGCACAGAGCUGAAGGGAGGAUUAUGUAGAACAAAAUGGUAAAAGGCUUCUCAUAGUAGCACAUGGCAGCAUUCAAUGAUCUUAGCUUCCUUCCUCGCCUCCCUCAGUCCUGGGGGCGGACUGUCCCAGACACGUGACGUGGGUACCAGAGCUCAGCCUUCUGGGGAAAAUCUCCCCUCUGCUUCCUAUUUUUAGGCUUGGUAAUUGCACCAGUGUUGAAUAAAGUUGUCACCAUUAUGACAGUUUUGCUCUUCUGUGUAAGAGAUGAACGCAGCCAGCAAAAUGCUUUGACAACAAUUAAUUGUGCUCACGCUGUGUCAUCGUGCAGAUCCGUUUCAUAACCUUUUCUUUUCUUGGAUUUGGGCUGCUCUCUUCCAAACCGUGCUCCGAAAACUGAAGUUUACAUCUCAGGGCUGCCUCUGCUCCCGAGGCUUAGGCAGAAGGCUGUCUUCCCUGUAGGUGUUUGAGGCGGCAUCCUGAAAUGUGCCCGUGACUCGCCUAAUCCAGGCAGAGGGAAGAAUGAUCAGAGCAGGAAAGUGAUUCUUCAGGACACAACCAAGUGUUUUCAGGGAGAGAUGGGACAGGUUUUGGCUUUGUCCUCAUUAGGAGACGGGAGCAGUCUUGUUUCCAGGAGCCCUGCUGUGUGAUGCAGGUAUUUUGUGGAGCUGCAUUUGCAGAGGGAAUAAAACCUUACCGCUGACAUCUUGGAUUGGGUUUCAGCUGCUGCUCACAAUUCGGAAGUAGAUACAGGGUCAACCCAGCCACAGAACAGUGUCUUCCAGGCUUUGCCCCCACCUUCUCUAUGAUGAGCUCUGCUUCUUUUAAAUUCUACCCAGAAAGCUCUGGAUGCCCCAGGAGUGUCUUCCUAUGUUGUGAACUUGAUCUCUUGGACAUCUUGUGAUGCUCACAUUUUCUUCCUUUCCAGCCAGUAGUGUGCUGGAGGUGGCUAUAAGGCUUGUGAGAGCCAGUUGUUAAAUUUUUAGGGGUUUUGCUAAAUGGUUGUUAAAUGCAGGCAUUAUCGACAGUGGUUAUGUAAGCUUAUAAUUAAAUUAAAACCAAAGGUAAUACAUAGUCACAACCUAGCACCUUCUAAGGAACAUUUACUGUGUUUCACUGUUAUCUGUGCUCUUGUGCUUGUGUCUGUCGUAUGGACGGCGGGAACAGCGUACAACAGGGCACUUCUGUACACCUCCUCCCAUCUUUGUGUUCAGCGAUAUCCCGUUAAUAGCUUGAAAUCAGCCACAGUAGGAGUAUUUACACCACAGAAACGGUCAGAUGCUACAGGUUAGCCCCCCCCCCUUCUGGUGCUAGUUGUUAAGCACUUACUAGUACUCAUGGUUCACAUCAACCAGUACACACGAUUCCCUGCUCUGGCAUGUGGUAGGGCUACCCUGGGAGCCAGUGACCAGAGUUCCGUGAAGGCUUGGGCACCAGAACCCAAUGUUCAAGAUCCUGGAAGUGCCACUGCUGUCAUGCCCAGACCUGCCACCCACCCCAUAGCAGAGACACCAGCGGUGUUGCCACUUAAGCUCUUUUUGUCUCCUAGAGAUGAUCGGAAGGGACUUUCAGUUUUAUGCUCUGUAGACCAUGAGGGCUUGGGCUUGGAGAUAUAAGUGUAACACAUUCUGCUGAGCAUGGACUUGCUUUUGUACUUUGAUCCUAGUGCCACUGCCCUUGAAUUAGCUUGGGGACCAUCAUUCUUCCUAUAGGAUGAGUCCCUUCCCAGGAUUCUUCCAAGGUCCCCAUGCAGCCAGGCCUGUGCCUCUAGUCUGAAUGCUGGGGGAACACAGACUGUACCCUGCUGGUUACCCACCACCUAAGGUGGAUGAACGAUGAUAAGAUGAUAAGAUAAGACCUGUGCGGUGCCUGGGGCUCUGUUUUGCACACAGUACAAGCCCAGUAACCAUUGCUCCUUCCUCCGCUGGGCUUUGCAGGCAGUUCGCAGCAUGGGUGUGCCUUCCUAGGCAGCCUACAGGCACCACUCUUCUGUGUGCACUCUUCCUCCAAGAGCCGGUCUCCUGCCUGGGACCCCGGUACCUCGGAGGCCAGACACACACCUUUCGGUUUAGAGACCCAACAGUCAGGGGGAGAUUGUGUUGUUUCCUGGAGUGACUACCUGACAGCCAGGGAGAGAGCCCAAAAUGCCACUCCAGUGUUUCUGUUCAGGUGUCAUCACGGGAGUCUGCAUAGUAAACCCCGUCCUUCUCAGAAAUGCUUGGCCGGAGAGAAAGACAUCAUCUUUCUGGUGGGAAUAUCUUCUGAUAUUUUAGGGUAGGGGAAGUAGAGAAAAUGAGAACCCAGUAAUUACCAGUCCCCACAUUAAAUUACAGUCAAGCACAUCCGUCAGGUCCCCAUGCCUGGGACAGUCUGGUUUGGUUGCAGCAAUGGAAACAGCAGGGCAGCGCUAGAGGCGUUGGGGGAAAUUGUGUGGGUUGGUGGCAUCAGCGGAUGGAUCAUGAGAUGCUGCUCUUACUCUCCCAUAGCUCAGCUGAGAGUGGGUUUGAUGCUGAAGUAACUUUCUAGACUCCACAGGUACAGAGACCCUCUCAGUGGGGUGGAGACUGUAGCAUAAUCUAAUGCCUGGCGGAUGGGCCAGAUCCCCAAGGGAUGGCUCGCAAUCCUGCACCCUGGGCCACCAGCCUUUAAAAUCAGCAGUUCUUUGUAUUAAUAUUUCACGGUUGAAUUAAAACAACUGUGCCGCAAGAUUGAGCCCUUACCCACAGGUUACAAGCGCAGUGGACACCUUAGCAGUAAAGCCCCAGUAGCAGCUGUGGCAGUUACCACUUCUAGGUGAGAAAGAAUAAAAUGAGGCCUAAUCACAUUUUUUAUCUGAGACAUCUGCCACCUAGGUUGGGGGUCACUGGGGACCCCCCCAUCGCAGGUUUCAGCCUCACAGUUUGGGGAAGCCCAGCCCACGCCAGACCCAAGUGUUCAGCGCCAGUCGGAUGAUGACACUUUCUCAGGAGCUAAACAGACGGAACCCGGGAGUGCUGGUUCCUGGACCAGCAGCAGCCUGGAAGGUGGAAGGUCGUCCUGAAAGUGGUGCUGGGGGGCUUUGCCCUUGACCCUGUCCUGUUCUACAUUUAUUACCAGUGACCAUCACUUGAAGGCAGCAGAUUAAUUCUGGGAUAGUACAAAGCUAAAAAGGAUUAAAUUAGGAAAGGAAGUAGUUUUUUUUUAAAUCAUAAAGCCAGACUCACUAGAGGGAAUAUAACAGACAUAAACGGAAGGUCUCGAGAUUGAGCUCCAAGUAGUCAGCAGCAGGGUCUGGAAGAGGGUGAGGGCGGAGGAGGGGUGAAGGGGGGACGCGUGGUGGGCAGUGGGUUUUAACUGACGCUGAGCGGAUGGUGAGCAAAACUGAUCUGCCUGAAAGCUAUGGCAGUGUUAGGCUUCAUUAUACAAAGUCUGGAGUGAAGUGACAGACGGUGGCCCCAGUGUCCUCGGCCCCCAUCAGCUCUCUGAGACUGUAAACUGAGCCUGUUCAGUCUACAGUCAUGGUCUUUGAGAGGGAUGCUGAGAAUUUCGACUGUGUCCAGAGCAGGGCAUCCAGAGUCCAGCUCACAGGACUGGGCAGAGAAGCUUCACGAAGACUGUUUUCAAAGAAUCAAAGACCAAAGGCUCCAAGAGGGCUGAGAGCAGGAAUUGAGGGGCAGCGACCCUCCCAGACCCCUUCCUCUACGAAUGGGGUUAGAGCAAUUGCUUGCCUGGGAGGGCUCAGGAGAGGUGUCAGGCGGAAGGAGUGCUCUGUGUCAAAUUCCCGUGGGGACCGCCGGCUGAGCACAUCAGCAGGCUUGCCCAAACCUACCUGGGCAGGGCUCCUGCCGUCAUGAGCAUCACGAGGGAGGACGGUCUCUCUGAAAUGCAGCGGCAGAGGCUCAGAGAGAGGCGUGGGACAGAGCUCUCAGGGCUCCAUGGUAACCGAGGGAUGAGUAUGUAUUAUGUGAUGGAAUGGGUUUCACAGAUGGAACUCGGCAUUGCAGGUCAUGUGAAAAAGUUGGGCUUGCUCCAGAGUGGACACCACGCCGAUGAUAAUUCAUCCACAUCAUAGGAAUAUAGGAAAGGCUGGGUUCUUUUCAUAAAUAGGAAGGGUUGAAUUCAGGAUCCCACAGAUGAUGGACUCUUUGAGGACAUGUAUUUCUUUUGAUAGCUCCAGAGCUGGGCUUAGUCCUUAACAGACCACAGUAAAUACACGUUGAAUUAAGUUGAAUUUUGGAUUGCUUUUGGAAUCAGCAGGAGAUAGAGAUAAGCCUCAGAGUCAGGAAUCAGUGUCCCGUGAGGCGUGGAGGAGGGAAGAGUAUUAAAACACACAGCCUGUGUCCUGGAAACAUCUUGCCACGUCCAGUAGCAGGAAAACAGGCAAAGGCACGUACAGGAUGUCUGCAGGUUGUUUCCCACUGCAACCCCCCUGGGCUCACUUUCCUCCAAAUCACUGAAACACACGACUCCAAGACUUGAAGGAGCAAAGACCACUGGGUCUCCAGUGUCACAGAGUGACUGACACUAAACUCCACCAGCUUUUGUACCCAUAAUAGUUUAGAAAACCUUGAGGGGAAAAAAAGCCAGGUCUUUGACUGUUGUUUAUUGACGUGAAGAGGCUGGAUCACGGAGCAGCCGUGGGAGAGUAAGACACAGGAAACCCGGUACCAUGCAGGUGUCUGAGCCCAUCUUUGACUCUGCCCUUGUGCGGUGCUUCUGGCAGAAUCAGGGCUUUUGUGGCCCCACUCUGCCCUCACCCCCUCAGAAGUUCUCCAAGCUGAGGCCAGGGUGGAAGGAAGGGAGCAGGUGGGAGCAGAGUAGGUGGACAGGGAGAGUGACUUUAAUAUCUGUCGUGUCCAUAAAGGUUGCCCUUUGUUCAUGUCCAACUUGGGGGGAGUUGGUCAGUCUGGUCUCGAGGGAAGCAAGGGAGAGGGCAGGACUGAGCUGGGUCGUGGAUGGUAACAUGUUCCGUUUGGAUGUUGUGUAAGUCAAGGUAAUUCCAGCUGUGGUGUGAUUGAGUCUGGCUCCAUUUCCGCUGUUUGCUUGCUGACAGCUUUCAAGCCUCAUCAUGUCCCCUUUCCCUUCUUCCCACUUCUGGGCAAACCAGUAAGAAAGUCUGCCUGCUCCCUCCCUUGACACCAGAGGGAAGUUUCAGCCACAUAAAACCUGGCCCAUGUGUUGGAGCCUUCCCUUGUCCCAUCCGCUAACCACAAUACAAGCCAAAGCCAGUCCCCAUCGCGCUCUCAAGCCAUUUUUUGACCUGUUUGGGGGCCUGCCGUGCUUUCCCCUGCAAGGCUCAUUCUCUGAGCCAUGAUUUCUUCAUGCCCUUUUGUGCACGUGUGGCAUCAUCAACCUCAACAUCCAAAUCGAGUUUUGGGGUGAGGGGUUGGUCUGGCCCCCACCCUAGGGCAACCAAAACAAUAUGGUAAUAGAUAUACCCUGAAUACAAUGGAAGUUUAGCUCAGGUUCAUGUCCUAGGCCAAUGCACGAGCUCCCGGUCAGAUAGCCUUCCAGGAGCUCAUUCAGAGACCCAGGCUCUUUCCAUCUUGCAGCUGCCCCUGCUCAUGGUCAUUAGAAUCCUCUCCAUUCAGGCAACAGAUAGGAAAAGAGCAGCAAAGGUCCCAUGAUAGGCUUUUGCAGGGGUCAGGCUUGGAACUGGUCCACUCACUUCCCAACUUUCCUUUGCAUAGAACUCAGUGCACAGCCACAGCCACCCACACGGAGGGCUGGGAACUGUCAUCUGGGUGAGUUUUGGUGAAUGCAUAGCAGUCCCCACUACCUAUGUGUUGAUUUUGAAUAUCAAUUGGUCACUAGGUGAGAUAUUUAAAAGGCAGUAGGCUAGAGAGGUCAGAGGAGAAAGUUCUGGAUUAGAGCUAUACAUUUAUAAGUCUACAUUCUAGGCAAUAAAAGGGAAAAGGGAAGGAAAAGGAAAAAGAGAAUGUCUAUUUGUAAUUUCCUUUUUGUUUGGUUUGCAUCUUUGAGGAUUGCCUCCUAGAACCUCACUAGCAGUAAUGGGAUAUUGAUGAGGGAGAAAUUGAGCAGGAAGAUGUGAAAUACCAUUUCCUUAGAAUUAGAAUCUGCAGCUUGUCUACACACACACUUUUAUAAAAAUUUUAUUUUAAUGAUCUGGCCCCUCCCGUCUCCUGCCCUUUUAAGCCUCCAAUGAGAAGAAGAAAGGAAGUAGCCAGCUAAUUGGAGAGGAGAAUGAAGGAAUGGCAGAGUCGGUAAAGAAGUGAGGAAAUCAGCCUGCUAUUUUCAGGCUAUGAAAGUCUUCCUAGAAGUCAUUAUGGUCUCCUUGCCGCCAGUUAAUUUCAUUUUAGAUGAAGUUGAAAGAUAAUCUGAUCGAUUUCAUUAUCUCUGCAAAUAAUUCAUAAAUUCAGAUGAACUCAGAACUAUGACAUAGGAUGUAGGAGGAUUUUCAAGGUCUGACAAGGUGCUAAUUACCAGGACUGCACCGGAGCUGACAGCUGGUAUAGGAAUGAUCUCCUUUUUAUUGAAAUUCUCUAUGUGAUUAGGGAAAAAGACAGCUAAAUCAGCAGCAAUUUGGCAGACUCAUUGUUGCUCCAGUUCAGACCAACAGAGCUGUGUGUGCAUGUAUGUGGGGAUGGCAGGAUCUGUGCCUGACUUAGAACUUCACAGGCAGCAGACGCUCACAUCUAGCCAAUGACAAGAGCAGUUCAGAUAGGCAGAGCUGAAUGACAUGUUCAGUUCUAGAAUCCUGAAGAAACCUGAGGAAGGGAAUCAGAAUACAUUUAUCCACCCAAGCCCACUCCUUUGUAGUAGCUCCUGCCUUGCUCAGACUGGAGAUGUGUUGCUGCAUUAGCUGGUUACAUCCAUUCUACAGUCUCCUCCCCUGCCUCUAGACAGAUGGCAGAAAGUGAGGAUGAAACAUGGUGUACCAGAAGGAAAGAUUAUGCCUUCUGGAAGCACUAAAGCAUUGCUUGAUGGUAAGUAUAUUUGAGCCGAUGGAAUAUCUUCUACAACCCUGAUGUGUAUGCUUAUGAAAUAAACUCAUAAGUUUCAGGAGAACCAUAACAGUGAAUGGAUAGAUAGAGUGUGUAUAUUAGAAGAUUAGUACUUGCAAGUUAGUUUUUCUGUGUAUAUUGCUCAUUCAUUUAUUCCAUGAGUUUAUAAAAUAUCUUUCAUGUACAGUACCAGAUAUAGAAAGGUGAAUAAGAUGAAGCUGAAGCUGCCUUCAGCCUUAAAGGAGCUCACACCUUUUAUGUCUCUACCUCUGUCUCCAUCAGUGCAUCUAUCCAACCAUCCAAGAUGCCUGUUGGGUCCUUACUGGCUGUCAAAGAUUCAGCUGUGUCUCAAACCCCCAAUAUUAUAGCUCCUUGAAACUCUAAAAGCCCUUCCCACAGUUUCUUUGUGUUUGUGUCAAACCUGAUGUUUGCUUCUCCUCCUUCUCUCUACUUCUGUGCUUUUGGGUUGCCUGGAUAGUCCUUAUUCCAACACUUUAGUGUGGACACAAAGCCUUGCUCCACCACUGGUUUCUGCUCUUCAAUUCCUGUGUCUCCAUUAUUUUGAGUUUAGUCAUUUUACAUCAGAUGGGGGAGAAGCAAAUGGAAGAGUCAUAUCACAAAGCCUUUGACAUUCACCACUCUCCUCUCCCUUUCUCUCACUCUUGUUGUGUUUCUUCUAAAGAUACGAAAAUACAUGACACUUCCAACCCUCCCUGCCCCAACACAUGCACACACCCUACAAUCUCACACUGAAUAAAUCAUUCUCUGGAGGCUCAACUUCUACCCAAAGUCAGUUGGUCAAAAAACAAUUUUCUGAAGAAAACGUCCUAAAAGGAGUUCUAGAAAGACAAAGGAUUCUUUCCCCCUCUACUAAGUAUUAUUUAUGUACGUAUAGUCUGUCUUAAAAUUCCCGUUUAAUGCAAAGAAUGGAUAGCUGAAUGUGUGAUGGGAAAUGACUGGGAGAAGGAUAGAUAAGUAGGUAAAUAGCGUACCUUAAAAUGAGGAUCAUCUUUUCUAUACCUCAGAAAAAGAAAAUGAAAAACUUCAACAAUUACAGUUUGUUUGCACUUCUGUUUCUUUAGCUAAUGUUUUUUAAGUAAGUGUUUUUGCCUGAGAUCAUGCACUGCCAGGUACAAAAAUACAUUCAUUCAAGUUUAAACAAUAAGGCAUGUGUUAGUUAACUAUCUAUUGCUAUGUGACAAAUUACCUCCCAAACUUAAGCAUGUGAAACAAUAACAUUAUCUCACAGUUUCUGAGGGCCAGGAAUCUGGGAACAGCUUAGGUUGUUCUGGCUUAGAAUGUCUCUUGAGGUUGUAGUCCAGAUGUUGAUCAGGGCCGUUGUCAUGGGAAGACUUGGCUGGGAAGGAAGAUCUGCUUCUGAGAUGCUCCUUAUGUGGCUGUUAGCAGGAGGCCUCAGCUCCUUAUAACAUGGGCUCCGUCUCACAAUGUGCUACAUGGCUUCCCCCAGAGUGAUCUAGAGGACACGGAGAAAUCGCCAUGUAUUUUGUGAACAAGCCUCAGAGGUGGAGGGGAGUAUGGGUGUGGCCAGGAGGGGUGAGGACCAUCGAGGGCCAUUUUGGAGGCUGGCAGCCGCAGGCCAGAUUCCACUUUAUGAACAUCUGAGGGCAAGAAACCAGUGGAAGCACAAAUGGGAAAGUAGGAAGUUGUGAUUGCUUUCACCCCUGCUUCUUUCUAGUUCCUUUCCUUCUGCAAGUGUUCAUGGCCUAAUAUGUUCCCCUUGGACUCCAACCCCACAUUCUUUUCAGUUAAGCAUUAACAACAACAGUAAUAACCACAAUGUAUACCUCGUUAAUAUAUCUUACAGAUAUCAUUAUUGCAAUGGCUAACAUUUCUUGAGCAGUUAUAGUCUAUGCUCAAGGUAAGUGCAUUGCAUAAGAUUACAUUUAAUUCCCAAGUCAUGUGCCUAUUUUUUAAAUUAAGAGGCUGAGAACAGUGAUAUUGAAAGUCAUGUGGCUAGAAUUUCUGUGUCAUUCAUUUCACAUUCUUUAAGCAGAAUCUCUGGUCACUACCAGUUAAGUUUUCAUAUGUGGCCAGAAAAAUGGAUGUUACAGUACAGAGGGUGUUCCUUUUGAGGUUGUGGGAACCACAUACCAAACUAGAUGAAAAAAUUAAGUAUGAAAGGCAAAUUGAUUUGCAUAUCUGCUAGAGCAAGCAGUCACUUUGUUAAGCAUAAGACUUUGCCUUAAUUGCCACUAUUAGUAAAUAGAAGUCUAUUUGUGCAAUGUGCAGACAGCAGCCGAAAGCAUUCAAAGUACUAGGAAAGAUUUUUUUUUCCUCAGAAUAUCCACAGUUUAAAUGUAUGCUACUAUUUUUUAAUAUUAAAUUUUGCCAUCUUGUGGCUUGCCUGACAGCUACUGAAAAAGCAGGGGGUUUUAAAAGGUGACACAAAUGAAAAUUCCACAGGAAGGGGUGGAUGUGUAUUUCAAAUACACAUUCAGCUCCCUUUGCCGAUAAACAAGAGGAUGAGGGGCCAGAAUUUCUCCAUCGAAAGUAGAGGAAUCACUUUAUUACCAAGUGCUACAUCCCACUUUAUUGUAUUUUUGUCUCAUUCCAUCUUUUUAUAUUUUUAUUCUGUUUCUGGUGAAUUCUUAUUCGGGUGAAUAGAGGAAUGUGGAUAAGUAGGCUCCAACUCCGAGACAGGGGAGUGUUCAUUCAUUCAUUCAACAAACACUUGUUGAGCUUUGGCAGGUGAGGUGCCAUACUGAGUAGUGCUGUAUUCAGAAUUCAUUCAUCACCCUCUGAUUGUAUUUACUGAAUGCUUUUUAGCUUCCUGACGCCCUGAUAGUUUCUGUGAAGGUUAAAAAAGAAAAAAGGGAAUAAGUAGGAUGAGCUUCUUGUUCUGAAAAGAUCUUGAAAUAGUAUUGAGAGACAAAAUUAACAUGAAACAGUCAAGAAACAAAACAAGAAAGUCUUUUUUUCCCCCUAAACCAUGAGACUUGAUUUCUGUGGAUUCUUCUGGGUUCCACAUGUUCUGAGAAAUUCCUCUGGUAACAAAUUAUAGGAAUGGUCCCUGAAAGAAUAGUCUUAAGACAGUCACUAAGUGGGAAUUUUUGUGGUACAAUCUCUGGGGGCACCUGGAGUUUAUAAAAGAGGCUGAAGAGUGGAAGGGAGCAGCUGGGGAGGCUUCUCGGGGGAGGUGUCACAGAGGCAGGUGCACUCGAAGGGGGCUGCUAAGAGCCCUGAGAGUGGGCAUAGGAGUCCGAUGGUCAGGAAGAAGGGGCGCUCUGAGAAAGUCCCAGCACUCUGAUUUGGUGCCACCCUGGGUCAGACAGUUUUCAGAGUUAUGUCUCACCCUCCCAGUCCCCUGAGAAGGUCCAGAGGGAAAUUGGAUGCUGUGACAAACAUUCAGGUUGGGACGAGGCCAGGUUAGAAUCUCAUGGGCCCUGAACCUGCAGCCCCUGCUGCCUCUUGGAUUCUAAAGAUGAGAAUUUGGCCCAGAGGAGGGACCCGACGGCCGGAGCCUUUGGUUCCUCUCUGGUUCCAAACUGAACAGCUGGGGCCACUGUGGGGAGAGCUCAGAGGAGAGAGACAAGGGGAUUAUGACACGAGUGCAUGGCCUGAAGGGAAAGGUACUACUCAAACUAAAGAAAAAUGAAGGGUGAAAGGAAAAUGAUGCUUAAGUACAUCAGAGAUCUUACACAGCGAGAGGCUGGUGACUAGUGCUGAUUUCUCUGAAGGCACCUGAAGAAACCCAAAAGGCUAUUUCAACACUUUUGGGAAGUUUGGGGUCAGUGCUUUGGGCUACUGUCUACCCUGACAUGACUGACGCCUCUGCACAGGCACCACCUAUGAGAAGACUUCCAGGAUUCUCCUCAGGUGGCCAGCCACCCCCAGUUUGUCCAGGAAUUUCAGUCCUAAACUGGGAUGGUCCUGGGAAAACUGGGGCCAAGAGUACCUCCUCUUGGUACUUAACAUUUUGACUCUGCUGCUUCCCUGGUCCAGGCUCAGGUGUGCUCCCCUCAACACAGCCCCAUGACCCCCAUGACCCUCAGUCCCAGGGGUGAGUUGAGCUGAGAGGGAGUUUACUCAAGACCCCAUGGUCUCCUGGGUCAGAGAAUCCCUGGCACAGCUGGAACCACUGUGCCACCUGCCGGACCUGGAGGUCACCACGGAGAACAAAAACAGGAGAGUGAGCGAGUGCUGGGCAUGUGGAAGAUGACAGUGUGAUAAAUGGAUGGGGGCGGUGGGUAUAGCUCAGUGGUCGUGCACAUGCUGGGCAUGCAUGAAGUCCUGGGUUCAGUCCCCAGUGCCUCUGUUAAGGGGAAAAAAAAUUUAAAAAAAAUAACGGUAAUAAAUGAAUGGAUUCUUUUGCCCAGUUUUCCCAAUUUGGGAAAACAAAUGGGUGACAAAAGGGAUGGAGCCACGGCCCCCCUCUGUUUUUCUCGUGCUAUGCAAUGAACUUAAUUACAACCUCUUGGCUUCCACAAGACGUGUCAGGCACAAUUUCUGACAGUUAAUAAGACUAACUCUCUGCUGGCAGAAUUUUUUAAAGGGUCAAAUCUCUCUGGAAAUAUUUUAAUUUUAUCUCAGGCAGGAACCAUCUUUUUAAAAAUGGAAUGGUUUUAAUUACAUGUAAGCAUUUCUCCAUGCUUGGCACCAUGCUAAAUACUUCACUGGGAUUAUUUUGCUAAACGCGCACCAUACUCCUACAGGCCAGGUGCCAAGACCCUCCCCAUAUUAGCAGGUGAGGAGACCACGGUCAGGGAAGUGAGAUCACACUGUGGUAAGUCCGAUGCCCUGCUGAUGAGUUUAGCCCCAGAGCCUGCAUUCUGUGCACUGGGCCUGGGCUAACCUGGCAGCUGAAAUGAGCUUUAGAGACCCUGAAUUUUCUCUUGCUGUCCAGGAGAUGCCCUCCACCCUUACCUGACAUAAAUAAUCGAAUAAAUUACCAACAUCUUUUAUGUUUAGCUGAUUUCAUCCUGGUGUUGGUGAGGUUGGUUCUUAUUUGUAAAGAUAAGGAUGUAGUGGCGGAGAGGUGACUCUAAGGUACUAUUUAAAGGACCAUUACUCUGGUGCUGAAUAAUGUAAGACUACUCUGGGAUAGGGUUUACUAGUUUAAAUGCUAUUUUUCAUGCACAUAAUUGAAAGGAACCAAUCUUGGGCUGUCAGGGGAGAUGAGAGAGUGACUUGGGCCUAAGAAGCUCACCUCAGGAAACUCACAGCUACAUGCUCCUUCUUGAGACUUCAAGUCCCCAGACAGGAUGGGGGAGGCUACAUCUGACCUAUUCAGGAUUUUGUAUUGACAAUGUUUAAGUGGUUUGAGCCAAACCAGGCAGGUCCGAUCAUACCCUGCCUCAGUCGGGCUGUUAUAGUGAAGUACCAUAGACUGAGAGGCUUAUAAGUAACAGACACUUAUUUCUCACAGUUCUGGAGGCUGAAAGUCUGAAAUCAGGGUGCCGGCAAGGCUAGUGCUGGUGAGGGCCUUUUUCUGGGUUGCAGACUGCUGACUUCUUGUUGUGUCUUUACAUGGUGGAGAGGCGGAGCCGUAAGUUCUCUCUGACUCUUAUAAGGGCACUAAUCCCAUUCAUGAGGGCCCCACCUUCACAACCUCAUCUAAUCCUAGUCACCUCCCAAGGCCCCACCUCCUAACACCAUCACCCUGGGAACAGGGUUUCAACAUAUGAAUUUGUUGGGGUGGGGGGACACAAACAUUCAGUCCAUAACACAUCCCCACUGAUGAAACGUAACAAGUGGAUGCCUGAAACAAACUAGAUUGGAAGCACAGGGGCUGCCUGAUGUGGACUCCAGCUGUCACACUGUUCAUCCCAGUUCAGAAUGACUGAGUUAUCCCAUGGGUGCCUUUGGAGUCUUAAAAACGGGCACCUGCUCUGGGGGGAUGUGGCUCUAGGCUGGCUGAGUGACAGUCCCAUUUCAGCUGCCACCUGCCUCCUCAACCUGGCACCACUUGCCCCUAUGCGACUGCUCCACUCUCUGGGAAAGCCCCGAAGCCUUUACAUUCAGCACCACAAUGGGCCAGGGUCUACACAGGCCACAAGGAUGUAAGAGCAAGUAGGACAUAGUUCCGGCACUCAAGAGCCAUCCAAGAUCCUCACUCUGCUCAGGGAAGCAGACACGUCAGCACGCGAAGCAGGGCAGCUGUGAGCAAGGUGCAGCCUGGGGGUGGGGAGCCGCAGGCGGGGUUGGGGGGUGAGAUUAAGGAGUGCUCUUGGAGGAGGGCAGUGGAGCUGAAGUAUGCACCUGGCUCCUCCUGUUCAGAAGCAUCUGGAGCUACACAGAGGAAUGUGUGGUUAAGAGCCCAGGCUCUGCAGUCAACUGGAACUGACGGCAAAUGUCAGCUCUGCCGCUCACUCGCUACAAGACUUGGGCGAGUUAUUUGUCCUUUUCAGGUCUUGGCUUCCUUGUCUGAGAUGGAAAAACAAUAGUACCUACUUUCACAGGGGUGUUGUGAGGAUUAAACAAAAUAAUGGAUGAGAAGCCCUUCAUGUCCCGGUGCUCAGUUGAUGGUGGUAUUAUUAUUAUUAUUAUUACGGCCAGAGGUAGUUCUGCCCAAGGGCCCCAUCUGAUGCAUACACUGAUGUAAUAGGAGGAAAGGGCUGGAAGGGCAGCAAAGGGGUCAGUCCCACGUGUGGGUGGCCAGGGCUGUGGUGGCGGGAAGGUCAGGGUUGCCAGAGCCCUCUGGAGUACCUGAGCCCCUCCCUGUUCUCAGAGUCUGGGAAUCCCUUCCACAAAGGACAGAACCUUCUUCUGUGCGGUCAGAUGAGUAUGAACCAGUAAACCAUCCCAGAGGAGAUUUCAGAGAAGACAAUUCAGAGCACUGUCUGUGGUAGGAGGCGGAGAGACAGUGAAAGGGUGAGGAGAAAGGAAGCUGGGGACAGAGAAUCCACAUUCCCUCGCUUCCUGGAUUUGUUUGGUGAAAGCUUGGUGUGCAGUGCGCUGAAGAGAAAAACAGCCCAGAGCAGCUGACAAGGCCACUCCCCGGUUGGUCAGGUGGGCUUGUCCUUGCAGAUGCCAGUUGGGUCUGGUCCUAAGGCCCCACGGACUCGCCAUGGAGCCAGCUCAGCUGGGGCUGGGGGUCUGGGCUUCUCAGGAGGCCCCCUUGCUUGUCUUGCUCUAUCCCUUGGCCAGACCCAUUUUCUUGUUUUUGGAUUUUUUUAAGCCGGAGCCCAGGGAUAUAGAAACAUACUGGGUCUGCCAGAGGGAGAUCCAGCCAAAGACUCUGCUGCCAGCAGAAGUCUGAAAGAUAUGGCACCAAAGGGCGGGGCCGAGGGGUGAGUCCUCCCUGGUGGGAACCUUGAACCUGGAUUUAUCUAAUCCCUUUGAUAUUUCCUUUCAGCAUUUCCUCCUUCUGAAGGUAAGCAUUUCCCUGAAUCAUUGACAUUGUCUUCUUGCAAUGGACUGGGGGAAAUGACUCAAGAAUUGAACUAAGGAGCCUUCAUUUCUAGGGUGGCACUGUCCUGGCAAAGAUCCUUGUCCUGGCCAUGUCACCAUCUUGUCCAGUCCAGCCCUGGCCUUCUGCUCUCCCGAUCUCACAUGUCCUUAAGUGGUGCUUCAACACGUCACUAUGUUUGGAGCUGACUGCUUUCUGUCCCUUGAGACCGAGUGGCAUUAUAUAACUUACCCUUUGCAGGUGAGCAAGAAUAUCAUUUUACCAGAAGGGCUGACCUGUAUCAAAAUCGUGGCAUCUCAAAUGUAGAAGUAGCAGAUAAAAAUAAGCCAUGCUUAUUAGAUGGCUCCCUGCCCUAUAUAGCUGCCUCCAAACUCACGUCUUGUUCUGCCCAAGUGUAAAUAGUCUCCCUAUUUAGAAAUGGCACAGUGGGAGGUAAAUGAAUCGGCUAAGAGAGACCAGUCAUAACGCAUCACAUUGAGAAGCUUGGAAACUCUUUAUGGAAAAAUUCUAUGGGUUCUUGAAAGCCAGGUUCUGUGCUAGGGGCUUUACAUACAUUAUCUUAUUUAAUCCUCCCACCAACUCUUCAAGCUUCUUCUUAUUCUGUUUUACAGAUGAGGAAAGUAGGCAAAGUUAAGCAGUUUAGGGUCGUGCAGAUCAAGCUAGAAAAACCGUGAUAGAGUCAGACGCUGGUCACUAUUGUCUCGAGGCUGUGCUGUCUUCACCAGAGCCCACUGCCAGUGACUGGCCAGAUGAUGAGGUUAUCAAGAGCUUUUUAAGACCUUGUCCCUCAUUAUUGUCAGAAAAUUCUCAACCUGAUCCUUGACUAAAAGAUGCUCUAUAGUGAGGCUGCUUAGGAAGGAUAAAGGCUGAAAUUAAAUUUCCUUUCCUUUCACUGUGGUUGAGUCCAUUCCUCGCUUCCCUGAAUCCCGGGCUCUUGGCCUGGUUCCUCUUCUGUCAGUGAUGGUCCACAUGAUAGUGACACUGUUGGCUUGCCUCUGUGCACUGGUCUUUCCUGGAUUUUCUAUCCAUAAUGACUGGGGUUUUGAAGCAGUCCCAUAAAUAGCGCCUCCGUUCCUGUCCAGAUUCUGAGUCAGAUAUAAGGCAGAGAGUAAGGGAGAUGUAAACCAGAUAGCAUCUUAUUUGUGGAUAAGGGCUAUCAUGGAGAACAUGCUUAGUGAGAGCAAAAUGGGUUUCUGUCGCAGGAUGGUGGGAAGAAAGUCUGAGAUGGAGAUUAGAUUGCGGGAGGUCUCUUAGGGAGUUCUUUUGGGAUCGGCAGUCAUAGGAGGAAGCGGAAUGAAAGCAGGGCUGGCAGAGAGAAAAGUAGCAAUGCUGCCGUCUUGGCAGAGGCCUCAGCCGACUCCUUGGAGCAUGCAGGGUCUUCGUACUUUUCUAUCGUCAGUCAUGGAGUUUAGGCUGCCUCUGGCAAGGGAUGUGGCCUUGGAAGACAGUGAUAUUCCAGUCAAGGACAAUUCCCAGAGAGGGCUAUUGGCUGAGGGCUGUCAGCCAGCAGCUCUCUCAGCAGAAGGGAGACUGUCCUUUGGUCCUCAAAGUAGAGCCUGGCAGCUCAUGAGUGCGUCCACUGCAUGAAUCCAUGUCUUCAUUUAAUUUCUGAAAGCAGCUUCUCCAGGAUGCUGGCAGGCCUCUUUUCCUGGCAGAAGCAUGUAAGAAGAAUGUUAGUGGAACAAACUAUAGCCCUCAUCACAGGAGCUGGUCUUGAGGCCACAAGUGAUAUUCACCGUCUCCCUCAUCCUCAGAAAAUGAGAAGUGGCUGGCCAGGUGGUGUGUUUCAGCCUCCCAUCCCUGAUGACUUAAAUCCCUGGACAUCGUAUCUGCCUCUGGCCACAGUUGCUGAAGUUGUCCGUUUACCGUUGAAACUGGUCAAGGGAAUGUCAAGAGAUGCCAAAUAGAUGACCUGGGCCCCAGAUUUCUCUGUGCCCCUACUGUGUACAGCAGCCCUGCCUCCUACUAGUCAGGGUCAAUUUCUCCUGCCAAGAAGGUAACUCUGCUUCUUGCCAACUUCCUUGGCACAACAAGCCCCAAGUGCCCUGGCAGUAGCCAUUACUUACAGUUCAAUGGCUCUUUUGCUGUAUCCUGUGGUGGGAAUGGACCACUCCCCUCAUUGCCCCCAGCUGCUGAACCUGGACUUCUAAACAUGAAAAACCCAGAAUGAGGAGAUGGGAAACACAAAAUCUCCAGGGAGUUACUGGCAGUGAUAGUAGCUGGAGCCACAUACUACAGCUUCCUACUACCGAACCCUGGAUUAGGCAGAGAUGCGGCUGGGAAGAGGGAUCCAGAGUGGAUCAGGGUUGCACAGCCUUCCUCUUCCCCUCCACCCCCACCUCCUCCCCUUUCUCCCAUAAAGACAGAGUCUGUCUCUGGAGGAACAAGAAGGAUUUGUACUCUUUGGGGCCAGUUCAUUCCUAAGAGGAAAAAAAAGCAACAGAGCCAGGCAAGGCCAUUUCGCUCCUGCCAUGUAUAGAUGUGGUAUCACUUCUCUCCACCCUGACUGGUAUCAUGGAGACAGCCCGGAGUGUGAUGCUAACGAGUGUGACACUAUCGGAGCUCCCUCCACACAAGGGAAACAUUGAGGGGGUGUGAAGAAGCACUUGCCUCUUCAAAAGCUACUGUUUAUUGAGCACUUGCUCUAUGCCAAACCCCAUGCUGAGUACUUGUCUUCAGUUAUCCUCACAACAAUCCUUUGAGGUGGAGACUUUUUCUUUUUGCAAAUACUCCCCUUUAUUUCAUACUGUGUUUAUUAGUCUUGAGAUUCUAAGUUGACCAGAUAAUAAUUAACAAAAUUAUUUAUUGCAGUCAACAUUUAAAGAUCUGCACUGCAUCAUUUUUUAAAUCUCUGGCUCAGUUAAACCGUGAUUUUAUGUGUGUAUGUAUGUAUGUAUGUAUGUAUAUUUUUAAAUACAAUUUUUAAAGCUUACUUCCCAUUUACAGGUAUUACAAAAUAAAGGCUGUAUUUCCUGUGUUGUACAAACAUCCUUGAGCUCAUCUUACACCCAACACUUUGU